AAAGAAACAAUCUAGCGUCACAUCCGCCUGCUGCAGUCCAGAAAGGGGGAGAUUUAAUUAUCAGACAGGGAUUGAAGAGCGUCCUCACUGCAUGAGAUCCUGACAAGUAAAAAAAAAGUGUAGUGUGUGAGAGACUGGGAGCUGCUGUGUGAGAGCUGGGGGAGGCUGAACUGGCGUGUAACCCACCCCAACAGCAGCAACAAAACAGAGACGCCCUGAAUCAGUGAGUAACUGAACGUGGCUCAGUGAGAUUUCACUCAGCCCCACACAGAUACCAGAGACAGAUACCUCCAGAACAAGCAAGACGCCUCAGAGUUUCUGCUCCUCAGUUUUACCCAGUUGUGUUGGACUCUCCACUGCUGCUGUGAGCCGGGGAGACGAUGAAGGGAGCUGGCGACCAGCCGACUUUGACCAUCAUUAAAACCGAGAAAACUGACGACCUGGAAUGUGGAGAUAUACCAUUACUGACACCCAGCAGCAACAAAAUGAUGUCUCAAGCCCUCAAGGACACAUUUAGUGAAUUCACAAGAGUACAGCAAAGACUGGGAAUUCCAAAAGACCCACGACAAUGGAUGGAUGAGCAUGUGACUCACUGGUUAGCCUGGGCUGUCAAUGAAUUCAGUUUGAAGAAUGUGGAUUUCCACCAGUUACGAAUGAAUGGAGCCACUCUGUGUGCCCUGGGCAGGGACAGCUUUCUGGAGUUGGCCCCUGACUUUGUGGGUGACAUCUUGUGGGAACAUCUUGAGCAGCUUCAGAAAGAAUGCCAAGAAGACAUCAAGCCCUACCUGGUAAAUGGUGUGGUUUCCGGUUAUUCUGAAAACAGUCUCUUCUCUGCCUAUCCCAUAGGGUAUGGCAGUGAACACGCACAAUGUGUCCCUCCAUCUGAAUACUCCGAUCCAGGAUUUAUUACAGAGUCCUACCAAACCCUGCAUCCUAUUAGUUCGGAGGAGCUGCUGUCUCUAAAGUAUGAACCGGAUUAUCAGGCUGUGAUAACUCGUGAUGCUCCCAUGGAGUCACUGCAGACCGAGUAUUACCUCAAACAGGAAGUGGUGUCGCCUGACAAUAUGUGCGUGGGCCGUAUUAGCCGAGGUAAACUCGGUGGCCAAGAUUCCUUUGAGAGUGUUGAUAGUUUUGACAGUUGUGACCGCUUAACACAGUCCUGGAGCAGCCAGUCCUCUUUCAACAGCCUCCAGCGAGUGCCCUCCUAUGAUGGUUUUGAGUCUGAGGAGUAUUCCAGCAAUUUGCCCAAUCACAAACCCAAAGGGACAUUCAAAGAUUACGUGCGAGAACGAACUGAUCUAAAUAAGGACAAGCCGGUGAUUCCUGCUGCUGCUCUGGCUGGAUAUACAGGGAGUGGGCCCAUUCAGUUGUGGCAGUUUCUGCUGGAACUCCUGACUGACAAAUCUUGUCAGUCAUUUAUCAGUUGGACAGGUGAUGGCUGGGAGUUCAAAUUGGCGGAUCCUGAUGAGGUGGCCAGGCGAUGGGGAAAGCGGAAAAAUAAACCAAAGAUGAACUACGAGAAGCUGAGCCGAGGUCUGCGUUAUUAUUAUGACAAGAACAUCAUUCACAAAACAGCAGGCAAGCGUUAUGUUUACCGGUUUGUUUGUGACCUUCAGAGCCUGCUGGGCUACACACCAGAAGAACUACAUGCCAUGCUUGACGUUAAACCUGAUGCUGACGAAUAAGGAGUACCUGCUUGUGGGACUGGAUUCCAAGCUGUGCUCACUUGUGUAUGGUUUGUUUGCUUAAGCUUCAUAGAGAAAGCCAAAAAAAAUCAUUGCAUUGUAGAUGGACAUUUCAAAACAAUGCACAGCUCUACAGGGCAAACCAAACCAGUUUCUUGUUAAAAAAAACAUUUUUAUUUGUGUAUUUUGGUUUUGUAACCUCUCAUUUUUCCUGCCUUACUAGUACAACAGACAGACUGUGUAAGGAUUGUGAUGACAUUAUGCAUUGUAGGAUACGGGAACUCUGCCCGAAAGGAAAACCAUUACCAUCAAUGGGCAGCUGCAUGACUGUCUCAGGCAUCUUGUCUAUUGACAGCUUUGGCCACAUUGGUGAGUUAAUAGAAUGAAGAACAUUACAGCACAGUACAGGCCCUUUGGCCUUUGAUGUUGCGCCAACCUGUGAAAAUAAUCUUAAUGUAUUAGAUAGUCAGCAUGUUACUUAUUUGCCAGUAUUUUUUUUUGUUUUAAGCUCAUUUCUAAGAUGGUCUCAGUAUUUGCAGUCUUGUGUAGAAACCGUACCAGCUCUGAUUUGAUGAAGUGUUGAAGAUAGGUUGACCACAUCAAAGAUGACUCAUGAAGAACCUGAAAGGGGGCUUUGAUAGGUUGAAAAAUAGACCAAAAAUAUUCUCAUUACACCAAACCUGUUGGAACCUAAACGUUGUUCUUUGUCCAGUUUGACAAUCAGUGUGGUUCAUUGUAUUAUUCGUUUUAAAUGUAGAACAGUGAACUUCAAAGUGACAGAAGAUGAGAUGCUUUGAAGCACUAUGAUAGUCACCCAUACUGUCUAACACAACUAUACAAAUAUAUAUCAAUAGAGAGAGAGAGAGAGAGAGAGAGAGAGAGAGAGAAUGAAUGAAUGUGUAUUGCAAUGUGUUGUGUACAGCAAGACCACUUCUGGGAAUGUGUUUUAGAAAGCUAAAUGACUAUGUAGAUUGAACAGUGACCCUAGUGGUAUUCCAAAGAGGUCCAAUGGGAUGGAUAGAUUUCUUGAUUAGAUCUUCAGUUUGAUCAAACACCCAUAAGAUGAAGGGUAGAGGUAUACAUAGGUCUAAUUUGAGGCCUCACAACUCUGUAACCUCACAGGUGAAUUGAGUUGAGACAGUUUUUGCCUAAUCUGCAGGUAAGAAGAGUUCAAAGGAAAUGCCGAUCCUUGAAUUAAUGGCCAUUUCAAAUUUUAAACAAUCCUGUGAUGAGUAAUUGGAAGGUUGCUUGAAGUUAAGGAGCAAUUCCAUUAUUAAAGCUAAGCAAGGGAAGGCUAGGCUUACUGGUGCCUUUGUGUGACUACUGAAUUAGAAAGGCUUUAAGUAUGUCACUGGAUAUAAAUUGGAGAUUAUUAUUCUUUCCUAUCUUCAAUGAGCCAAAGACUAUUGUAUAAUUUUAUUCUAAACAUUUUGACCAGGGUGCAUGUAUAUUGUCUGGAAUGCACUGUGUAACGUCACUUUGUGUUUCUGCUCUCUUUUCCUGGCUGGAUUACGAGAGGGAUAUUUCUGCCAACUAUCAUAGUCAGCCAUCCAUGAAAUAUCACAGGGAUACUGUCUCAGAUGCAUGUAGCUCAGUCUGACUGUGCUGAGCAUAUGUCUGAGUAGAACUGAGAUACUGUACUGGGAGAUAUCAGCUAGUUGAUUCAUGGUUGAAUGUCCAGCAAGAGCAUUAUCUUUUCAAUGGACACAUGUGUCUCUAUCAAAAACAAUAAAACUGGAGUAAUUGAGCAAAGAAAUUUUGGCAGAAUGGCAAGACCAUGUGGGAAUUUCAAAUUCAAAUGCUGAAGAGUUAUAUAUAGCUGCGGUUUUUUAUCAAAUGUUUCUCAAAAGCACCAUUCCAGAACAAUUUAUUAAGUAAAAGUCACUGUCAGAAAUGUUGGGCAAUGUAGUAUUAGUGUCUAAAUAAAAGUAAGACUUGCAUUUAUAUAGCCCUUUCAUGACCUCAACGUAUCCAAAAACAAUUUAGCGUCAGUGGAGUACUAUGAAGGGUAGCCGUUGCUUUAAUGUAGAAAGCACUGGUAGCCAAUUUGCACAGAGCAAAAGUCACACAAAUAGCAAUGUGACAAGGAUUUGAUAAUCUGCUUUAUCAGCAUUGGCUGAAUGCUAAAUAUUGACUAGGACAUUGAUCUGCAUCUAUGAUUUCUCUCACACAGAGAACCCUAAGUUUCGAUGUUUCCAUGAAAGACAAUUACUAAAUGAAAGGCCAGUUAAUUUUCAGGAGGAGAGGAAAGCUGCAGGGCCAGUCAUUCCAUUUAGGAAUGCUGCUUUUACUUGCUGUUUGGAAGCUGAAAUGGACAGGCUUCCUAAUGAGCGCUUACGAUUGUUUUCCUUGAGAUCAAGAACAGGAAUGGCAACAGUACUGACUCCCAGCUUAGUCAGCACUACAUAGAUCAAUUAUGAAUAAUGCCCGGAGGCACAUCGUAUAGUCAAUCUCCUGAGGAUGAAAGGUGAAAGAGCUACAAUUGGCCUCACAGAUGCAUGAUGAGUGUGACUGCACUCGGGCAAAAGCAGAUCACAACUUGUCGACUUUCCAUCGCCAUUUCAAGGAUGAUGUCUGAAUUACUGAUUGAAACCCCUUGGGAAUUCAGUAACAGUGAAUAUGAGCUGAAACCAAAAGUGUUGGCCUAGAUUGACAAGUUACUUCAUGUGCAGUUCAUCAUUCAGUUGAUUAAGGAACAAUCUGCUUCCAAACAUAUCUGUCUCUCACUGGUGAUGUGAGCAAAGAAGUGACAUGUGGUUAUAUGUUGCAAGUACGUGGAGAGUGAAUUACAGGAAACCUUGAAAUGUCUACAUGUAUUUUAUAUUGUAUAUGUGAAUCCAGAAGCACAGAUCAUUGCUUCAGGGUUGCCGAGACCAUUUAUUGACCCAUCAUAUGUUCUGUUGCCUCUGUGAUCUUUAGAUUUAAUCCAAAAUAAUUGCCAAAACAGGAUAGUUUCUUACUGUAGGUUUAAAAUCUAAAAUAGUGGAUAUAAAAAAAGAUAUUUUAUGUAUUUGUUCAAGACUUAUUUUUUAGCUUUUUUAAGAAUAAUUUAUAUUUUUUAAAAGGACAAAAAAGCAAAAAGAAAGCUGGUGCUUUGUAAAGUGAGGUAGCUUAGAGAUGUAGCGAUCUCAUUGGAGCAGAGUGAAGAUUCCUGUAAGUUUAGUUGCUGAUGCUGGCACAUCAUGUUGCUGGAUAUAUUUUAUAUAACUUUCUGUGCUGUUACACAUUGUAGAAAUGCUUCAUAAAAAGAAAUGAGCUGUGAAAUUUGGAUUGUUUUGACUCCAGUGUAAUACCCCAUGCCAAUGUUGUUCAACGAUUUUGACAUCAAAGUUGUUAGAAUCUACCUCCUGUAGCUCCAAUUCAAACUCUGUCCUUUGUGGACUGAAUGUGAGACUCUUAUUGCCUCCAUAUCCAUUUGAGAUGGAACUAAAGACUCGGUUUUUAUGAAGAUUUUCAAGAAUUAUUUCAAUAAAAGAAAUUCUUAUUCUUUUGAA